AAUCAAUUCCAAAUAUAAAUAUUUAUUUUCGUUCGAUUGUUUUGUUUCGUCUCGUCUUCGAUCAACGUAUAUGUCCGUCGCACUAUGGUGGCCACUUGUAGCGCCAGUUUUUGCCAACAGGAGCUGGGUGCCGGAGUAACCUGGUUUCUGUUUCCACCUCAACCGACCCGCAAGCUUAUUUGGAUGAAGCGCCUGCAAGUUAAGGAAGAUCCGCAGCGUCCGUAUAUGUUGGCGUGCAAAAAACAUUUCUCCGAGGCACAGUUUCGUAAUUCUGUCAGUGGCAAGCAAUUAACCAGCAAUGCAGUUCCAGAUAUGUUUAUCGUUGAAGACGAAGAUUUUGACACAGAAAUUAAGUUAGAGGAACAUAUUCCGUCUCCUGUUGAAGAUCGUCCGCUUAAGAAAUCUCUCGUUGAUUCGGUGUGUCGUUUGUGUCUAAUCAAAAGUGACAAUUUACAAUCUCUCUUCCCAAACAUAGAAACAGACGAUUUUCCUGGUCCGUCAAAUGUUUUGCGGACUCUUGGCAUAAAGAUUGAACCAAUUGGGAGUCUGCCAAGCGGAUGCUGUCAAGCUUGUGUACGUACAAUUAAAAGUAUCCAGUGUGUCCGUCAAAGCUUCCAGGAAACUAAGCGCGCAAUGUACAAGGACUUUAAUAAGGCCGUGGAAGCGGCCAACAGAGUAGAGUCCCCGGAUCCGGCGGAAACACAGACGGGAGAGUGCGAUACUAUCCAACUUGAAGUUUUCGAAGAGCUUAAAGAGGGCGGACAAGCAGAUGACACUGAAUUGACCCUAGUGACAGUAGAUUUGCAACCGUCAACCAAGAGAAGUCGUCUGGAGCACACAAGCGGUGACCUAUAGUACAACGAUCGAAAGAGGUAGCUGCCUCGACUGGUGAACCUCUAAAUUAGGCGGUCCGCACUCUAUUUUCUUCGUUCCGUAAAAAUAAACGUUAAGGUUCAAGUAUAUAUUUACUUUAUUUAGAUGAAUUUUUACUUUUUAAAAACAGCUUUUAUGCUUAAAAUAAUAUUUUUUUCGUGAAAGUGAUUCACUGUGUUAUUUCUGUCUAGCAGAAAGAUGAAUACUUUUUAAUGAAUUUUGAACAUAAAAACUGCUUUUGAAGUCCAAAAAUUCAGUGAGGACUGCUUAAACCUUGAACCUCUUUGCGGAAUAUUGAAAGAUAUUUUUGAAUACAGAUUUUACUGGACGAUAAACUUGAUAGAAUCAGAUUUAAUCGAAAAUAAGACACGACAUGUAUUAUGACUAUUACAAGUUUCCUAUAGGAAACGAAAGCAAUAAUCGAAAUUUAUUUAAAAAAUGCCUUUUUUUUAUUAAUA